AUUAUUAGUGAUAUGAGAGAAGGUAACUGAUGUGAAUGAGCCACUCCACAUGUAAUGCGUGACUGGUGCAGUGCCCUCUCUUUAACGGUGGUCUUUCUGUUUUUGUUGUUGUGUUUUACAGUUCUUUUUCCUGGCUCUGCCAGCCCUGUUUACCAGACCCCUGCUGAAAAUGCCACCCAACAGUUUUGUCUCCUGCAGCACAGUCUUCUUUCUCAUGUUGCCUGUUUUUAUAUGUGUUUUUAUAUGUGUUCUCUGUCCUUAUGAACCCGGUUUUAUAUUGAAAGUCAUGCACACAGCACACAUACACACAUGUAGCAUUUUGCAUCGCUCUCGAUAGAUUUUGACGUUCUUUGGAUUCGUUUUCUCUCCCAUCCCCCUCCCCAGCAACAAGGCUAUGAUGUAGUUCAGUGGUAACAUUGACGGGCUUUUGUUGGCUGUGAAACCUGAGCUUCCAGUUUUCUGAGCUCUCUCCCCUUAGGCCCGGAUCAGGUGUCCCAUAGAUAGAAAACGUUAGUGAAUAUAUCUAAAGUUUGCUAAAAGGGCUGGGCUAUUUUGAACGAUCCCGUACUGUCAGGUAAGGAUGGUUUCCAGCAAAAGCCCCGAAACUAGAAUUAUGAAUCCUAAAUGUCACUCAAUUCUUAAUUCACAUGAUGCAUAAGAGUCAUUGUGUUGCUGGUAAGUCACACCAUGAAGACAAAUGUACCAUGUUAAUGUAUAUCUCCGAAAUCUCUUAAACUCUUUUUGUUUUGUGUAUCUCGAUUUUUCUUCUGUGUGCUUUUUUAGCGAUGCAGCCAACGUGAGUCGCUUGUUCAUAAAACACCUAUAUGAAAGUUGAGAGCACAUCCCCAGUGGAGAACCGACUGUGCUCGCUAACGUUUGGUUCAUGACUUAAAAAACGAGUUCAGGAGUUAUUCCUGAUGAGGCAAAAGCUUUGUCUCUUCUGGCGCCAGCAAAUGCAGUGGCAGGGAUUCUUCCUGGUGGAGGUCUGCUGCCCACCCCCAACCCACUGGCAUCGAUGGGAAAUGUUCAGAUGGGUGGCAUGGGAGCACCCAACAUGGAUAUGGGAGCCUUUGGCCUGCCUGGAGCGAACAUGAAUCCUCAGUCUCUCACUGCUGAACAACUGCUGAAGAUCAUGACCUCCGUCGAUCCAAAAAUGAAUCACAUGGCUGCCGGCAUGACCAUGAACCCAAUGACCAUGAAGGCAGAUGCGGCCAGCAAAGAGAUCGAGGAGGCCAUGAAACGGGUGCGAGAGGCCCAGUCGCUCAUCUCCGCUGCCAUCGAACCUGGCAACAAGAAGGAAAGCAAGCGCAGCAAGCACUCCCGCUCACGCUCCCGGUCCAGACGGAGGAGAUCCCGCUCCAGGUCCAGACACAGGCGCUCGAGGAGCAGGUCUAGGCGGCGCUCACGUUCCAAGAGUAGACGGCGUUCAAAGAGUCCCCGCAGGAAGAGGUCCCACUCCAGAGAACGAGGCAGACGAUCACAGAGCAAGUCCAGGGAGAGGAGGAAGGAUGACCGAGACAAGAAACGCUCCAAAACACCGCCCAAGAGCUACAGCACUGCCAGGAGGUCUCGCAGCACCAGCCGGAGGAGGAGGAGAAGCCGCAGUGCUACCCGGAGUCCCAAGAGGAUUGUGUCAAGGUCUCCCUCACCCAGAAGACACAAGAAGGAGAAGAAGAAGGAGCGCGGGCGAGAGAAGGACCGGGAGCGCGACCGCGACAGGAAGGCGGAGAAGGAGCGCAGCCGAGACAACAGGGAGCGCUCCAGCAGCAAGAAGAAAAGGUCCAAGGACAAGGACAAGGAGAAGGACAAGGAGCGGGACCGGGAGCGGGACAGGAAGUCCGACAGCGAGAAAGGAGAUGUCAAGGUCACACGUGACUAUGAUGAAGAGGAGCAGGGCUACGAUAGCGAGAAGGAGCGAGAGGAGAAGAAGAAGAAGGAGAAGGAAGAGUCGGACGACUCCGGAGCCUCUCCCGUCCACGCUAAGGGCAACGGCGUGGGGGUAACCAAGGAGGCCAAGCUCAACGGCGACGAGCACCACGAGGAGGAGGACAUGGAAGUCAGCGACUAAGCCGGCCGAGCCAAUAUUACUGUUCUCUCAAUAACUCCCCACCCCUUGUCCACAUUCACUCCCAAAUCCAGUCAGUACUCAGCACUAGGUCACACACCUAAGGUCUGAUAAGUGAACAUGGCAAGUCAUACCCACUAGGACGCAUUUAUUUUAGUUACCAUUUUAGUUAAGGUGUAUAGUUGUUUUUCCCCCUAAGCGUAGACGGACAGAAAGCCAAUCAGUUGGUAAUGUUUGGGAGGAUUGGUCUGUAGGCGGGAUGUAUUGUCAGGUUUUUUUUUGUUUUGCUGUCCCCUGUUCUUGUUUUGGAUAAGAGCAGGACCUUUAAGAGUUGAAUGGCUGUCAUUUUUUUUUUUAGUGGACUUGGGUCUGUGAUGUUGGUAACGGUGCGACCCAUGUCACGUUUCUUCUUUUUUUUUUUUUUUUUUUUAUGCUUUGAACUUACUGGAUGAAUAUUUACGCUUUGAAUUAUUUGAAGUCAUGUAAGCUUAAAACAUUACUUUUUAGUCCUGCUCCGCUUUCAGGGGAAUUCAUAAUCAGAGGUGGUCAUUUUUUUUCUCUCCACAUCUUCAUUUCAUGUCCGCAGCUGUUUUUAUCUAGCAGUCAUUCUCCUCUGGUGAUCUUUCAGAAGUAUAUAUUCAAAGUGUGCCGUCACUCUUGUAAAUGGCAACGUGAUGUUGUUUCCCUCCGAGAAUCAAUGGCUAAUGUACAGUAUAGUCCUCUGAUGCUUGAGAUCCCAGUAGCCAAUAUUCAGUAGAGAUGAUUGCUGACCAUUUUGUUUGAGUUUGUGAUGUGUUUUACUGUUGUCUCUUUUUAUACUAUAUAAAUAAACCGACAUCGUUGGAAAAAUGCA